GUUCGUUAGUAAAGCCUUUACGACGCACCGAGACACGCGUUGGUUGCUCGAUGUUUCAAUAAUAUGGACUACGAUGCUAGUGUGGUUUGUUUGUUCAACGUGUAAAAAUGUGUUGUUUAUAGUGCGAACGUGCUACAUUUGGACAAAAAUAUAGGUAUAACGCUAUUAAGUUAAGGCUCGAUGACAGCGAAACAUUUAUGGCACAGUCAAUGGAACAGGAAACUUGCUGAGUCAAUGUCAAUUACGCAAACGUAAACUGGACCAAAAACCGAGAGAGCGACUAAAACCAUGGAGCAAUACCUACUGGCCGUGGCGGGUUUCUUGUCAUUUAUAAUUACAGGGGUCUCGUCUCUACAGUGUUACCAGUGUUUAAUCAACCCGCCACUUGGGCAAUAUUACAACACAACAAAAAAUUUGUGCGUCCACUUCGACUACUCCGAGAAGUUUAUCGUCGAUUGCCCCUUUUCGACAAUGUGUAUGAAACAGGAGUUUCACCUCGACAUCCAGAAUGGGGUGAGAAUAACGGGAGUUCUGCGCGAUUGUGCUAAUCAAAAGAACAAGUACCAUUACUACGAAAACGGCAAAUGGUCUCCCAAAAUGGAAAUUUUGGAGCCUUACGAAGAGGGCUGUUCAGAAGUAGAUGAUGACAAGGGUGAAAGAACAACUCCUACAAAAUACUGUUAUUGCCGAAGCAACCUCUGCAACUCGUCCCCCAACUCGAACCACGAAGGCUACACUGACAUCAUGGGUGUGAUAAUGGUGUUCAACCUCAUGAAAUACAUUAACAGUCUUAGAUAGUAUUAGUGCAUUAUUACCAUACCGGUAUGGAAUUGUAUGUAAUUAGAACAAUUUAUUUCGCCAUAAACGUAUAAAGAUUUAUUUACCAUAGUUAUAAAUUGAGCUGCGUAAAACGAAAGUUUCUGUUGUGAUGCUUGUGUGAUAUACGAUAAACAUUAAAGUGAUCAACGUGUUAUAAUUUAAUUUAUAGUGGCAAGUAUGACUGCGAGUAUUUAUGUCAGUGAGACGUUGUUAGGUUUAUGCCCGUUUUCACUAAACCUAAAACGAUUGCCUAAUGAUUUAGACGAUGUGUAAAGAAAAUAAACUUUUCUCCUACUCUUAUAUGAUAACUAUUAGUGAACGGUUGGUGAAUGCCACUGAUUAGCCGUGAUUUAUUAAUACAUUGACGUAAGUUAAAUGGGGUAUUAGUCUCCUACAGGAUAGGUUGUAUUAUCGGAUGAACGACAAAAUAGACCGACGGUACGGUUUAUAAUUAAAAAGUGCCGAAUACUUAAUUACAGAGUUCGUAUAGAACGCAACGAGUUUUAUUUUUUAUUUAUAUUAUUCUGGAAGGCGUCCAUUUUAUUAAGGCCACACCUAAGGGGGCUAUAUACUGUUAGCACAAACUGCCACCGGUCUUUUGAACCAUAUUAUACGUUCCUAAAAAGCAUCGUACCGGAACGUUUAAUCGCUUGGCAAUACGAUCGGAUAUCCAUAUGUAUAGAAUUGGAGUAACAUCGCUUAAAAAAGAUGCAUCGAAUUAGGAACCUCGGUUUAAAAUUAUGUAAACAAAAAGGAAAUGAAUACAUAGUGUUGUACAGUUGCAUAUCGAGUCCCUAGAUUACGUGGCUUUUGAUGCAACGUUGUGACCGCAACGACUGUUUUCGGCUGAAUUUAUUGUAUUGUAGUUAACGUUCUGAAUUAUCACCAAUAGCGCAAUAACGUCAGCCGAUAAAAAUUGUUGCGAGGAUCGCUAACCAAAGUUACGUAAUUCGUCCAUUCGUGCGAUGCGUUCUUACAAACUUGACUUGGAAUACUGGAUUUUUGGACAGACAUAAAAGUUUUUAUAUUUUUUUUUGCACAUGUUAGGACGCAUUACCGGUGGUUCGACAUAAACAAAGUUAUUUGGAAAAUGGGUAUGGGGGCACGAGCACCUAUAGUUAAAAGCAAUACUUGAUUGUGAUAAAUUAUUACAAUUUAAAUUUCAAUAAUUAAUAUGUAACAGUUUCCUAACAAUAAAUUGCCCACCCUAUAUCAUAACUUCACAACACACAUCAUCACAAUAACAAGGCGUACUAUGUGUGCGUGUGUGUGAAUUAUUGCUACAAUAUUAUCAACCACGAAUUUAAGAAAUAAUAUUUUUUUAUGUUGACAUAGUAAUUCGUAACCCUAUUUGACCUUAAACUUAUACAAAGCUGAUGUUACGAUGGUCAACGAGUUUUUUUUUAUGAUUUCUUAAUACUUACAGUUAUUUCUUAAAAAAAUACUAUGUGGAACAAAAGUUUAUCAUUAUCAUAUAUACUGUAAUACUCGUGCCUGUACCCCCUUUUAAACAAGCCUUGUACAUGAACAUGAAAGAUAGCACGUAUUAAUAACACCUAAUAGUUUAGAUUGCAGAUAACAUUUCAACCAUUUAACUCUAAUAUAACAGGUAUUUAAUUAGGAAAUUGGUUAUAUGUUUCUUCUAUCAGAGACUAUUGUGAGUAUAACAUAUGAUGAUAUUUAGUUUUUGACUUUUCCAUAUUAUAAUUUGUUUCUUAAUUUUAUACUUAUUUUUUUAUGUAAAUGAAAGUCAUAAAAUAUGUGUUUGGAAUAAUUUAGUUGACAAGCAAUAUGUGAUAUUUUAUUAGCCAAUAGAACACUUGUACCCGUAUUUACAAACAUUACUAUGUAGUCUCACAGUGUAUUCGAUGGCACCAUUCAAUAAUCUGAUUUAUGGUAACUACAUAAUUUUAUAGCUUUUUCAAUCAUCCUCAUCUUAGAAUGAUUUCGUAAGUUAUUUUGUUAAAGUAUUAUUUUAUUGUAACGAAAAUUGAUACGAGGUUCAUGUCUUAAAGUACAUGAAUAUCUGUAAUUUUAAAAUGAAACGAAAACUCUGUGUGGUCGGGUGAACUAUAGGAGGUCUGUAAAUACGGUUGCUAGUUACUAAAACAAAUUGUUAAUAGUUUUGUAAAGAUGAAAGAUGUAUGUAUGUGAUUUGAUAUCUGACUUAUAAUUUUAAUUAUUAUAAUUAUAUCAUUAAGGACAUAAGAAGAAUUAAAUGGUGUUCUAGAAA